AUGGAUUAUUUAGAACAAUUUUGUUCAACUUUAACAACUUUUUGUGUUGGUUGUAAUUUGCCUAUACAAUCUAGUGAUUUUGUGUAUAAAUUAAAAUCUGGAAUUGUUUAUCACAUUAAUUGUCAUCGUUGUAUUCAAUGUGGCCGUUUAUUAUCCCCAGGCGAACAAAUAAUUAUAAAUGAACAAAAUAAAACAAUUUGUUGUGCCUCACAUUUUUUAAUUAAUGAAAACUCUUCUUCUCCUUCCUCUUCUUUAUUAUUCCCCCCUCAACAAAAUAAUUUAAAUUUAUUUUUAAAUAAUUCUUUAAUUCAAUUAAUUCCUUCUUCUUCACAAACAUUAAAUAAUAAUAAUUUAAUUGAAAUAAAUAAAUUAAAUGAAGAAAAGUUUAAAUUAAAGCAACAAAAUAAAUUAAACGGAACAGAACUUGCAGAGAAAAUAUUAAAACAAAAUGUUUUCAAAAUGGCAUUGGAAGAGAUAAAAUCUUUACCAUCAACACUUUUACAAAAUAAUUUAACAAGCAAAUCUACAACAAUAUCAAUUCAAAAUAAUUUAAAGAAAAAGGAAAAAACAGAAAAACAAAAACUUUCAAAACAAAAUGCUUCUUUAACUGUGCCACAAUAUCCUUUUGAGAUGUAUGCAGCAGGUGAACAAUUUUCACGACAAGAAGAAGAAUUUCAACAAUUAAUUCAGGGAGCUAAAAGACGUGGUCCAAGAACAACAAUUAGCCAAGAACAAUUAGAUAUGCUAAAUACAAUGUUUACAAACAAUCCAAAACCCUCAAAACAUGCACGUGCAAUAUUGGCAAAAAAUUCAGGAUUGAGUAUGCGCGUAAUUCAGGUUUGGUUUCAAAAUCGUCGCAGCAAGGAACGCCGUUUAAAGCAUUUAUGUAAUUUUUUAAGACAUUGUGAUGAUGGAAGUAUAAAAAGUAUAAGUAAUGAAGAUAUCAGUAAUGAUGAAAUAUUAAUUAUAAAAUAA